AUGAAUGCAAAUAUAAAACUAUGGACCAGGACUUGUGUACAAUGUCAACGUAGUAAAAUACAUAGACAUACGAUUACAACACCGUCAGCAUUUAGUCUACCCGACCAUCGUUUUCAACAUGUUCAUGUUGAUUUAGUUGGUCCUCUGCCUCCAUCUAAUGGAUUCACUUACAUUUUUACUGCAGUGGACCGUUUCACUAGAUGGCCAAUGGCAUGCCCAAUAAAAGAUAUCUCCGCGGAAAAUGUUGCUGCUGUAUUCCUCGACAGAUGGAUCGCUAAUUUCGGUGUACCUUCUACAGUUACUUCUGACAGAGGUUCACAGUUCCAAUCUCACCUCUUCAAUGAAUUUACCCGCAUUUUAGGAAUCCAUCACAUCACUACAACAGCAUACCAUCCAGCAGCGAAUGGACUAGUGGAACGAUUCCACAGACAACUAAAAAGCUCAUUGAUGGUACAGCCUGAUGUUUCUAGAUGGAGUGAAUCUCUACCUCUUAUUUUACUAAGCAUACGUUCCACAAUUAAAGAAGACCUACAAUGUACUCCGGCACAGCUCGUCUAUGGAGCUAAUUUAACCUUACCGGGGCAGCUAGUGACGCAUAAUGGCAAACCCGUAUGUACGGAUCCCACUUCUUUUUGCGAAAGACUAAUGAGUCAUAUGAAUAACAUUAAGCCUGUUGCACCUCGGCCAGUUGUCUUAAAAGAGCAAGUUAGCAAGCAUCUAAAUACGUGUAAAUUUGUAUUUGUUCGUGUUGACUCCGUAAGACGCCCUCUACAACAUCCUUAUGAAGGACCAUUUGAAGUAGUUGAGAGGCAAACAAAAUAUUUCACAAUCAAUAAGAACGGAAAAAAAGAAACAGUUUCGAUCGACAGGAUAAAACCUGCUUUUAUAGAAUCUGAAACACAUGACAGCCGAAAGCCGUCUAAAGACAGCGGUGAUCACACAACGCAGCUUCCAGUGUUUCCAAAUAAUUCUUCACCAACUCCGACGAAAUCAAUAUUCGGUAAAACAGACAGUUCUAAGGUUACAGUUCCCACAAAUUUAAAUCCUAGUUCCGACACUUUAACCUCUACGAAAACAACUCGUUCAGGAAGACAUGUACAUUUUCCUAAACGUUAUGUUGAAUUAAUUACUUAAUCUUUAUUCUGUCAUUACCUGUAAUAUGAUUAAAUAUCUAUGUUAGCAGAGUUACUAAUACCAUUUUUUUUGCAAGCAUUUUUUUUUCUAAAAAAAAUUCUUGUGUACUACUAAUAUUGAUAAAUUCAUUGUGUUUCUCUCUACAUGUGUAUGCGUUUUAUAUGAUGUUUAUUAUUAAUUGUGCAAACAUAUACAAUUUCGUUGGACUCGUUCAGAUUAUCACUAAUUGUUUACACAAUUUAUACAUGUAUUUACACUUUUCGAUGAACUCUCAAUUUAAUUACCGUUAUUACUAAUGAUAUUAU